GGCAGACCUCCCCUUUAAGGCCACCUCCCUUUAAUACCCGCCGACCCGUGUGGAAGCUGUGAGAAUAUCUCACCCCAAACCAAAGCAGAUCAAAUCUCAUAACUUUUAGCAGGUUUAUGACGGCUCGCUCUGCGGCUUUAACUGGCGCUGUUUGGUGGACCACGCUGUGCUGUGUGUGACUCGCAUUCCUGGUGCUGCUGGGCGGGGCCUCUGGAGCCCAUCCUGGAGAGCAGAGCACCAAGACGUGACCCCUGCUUUACGCCUGGCCCCCUGCUGACACUUGGAGGAAUGCACUUGGCAGGGAGGGAGGAGCACCAGAUGCAGGUCGUCCCCAUGACCCAGUACGGCUUUUGAGCGGCAGAAGGCCUCUCGCGUGGGACUUGGGGGGGAAAGAAGCGAUGGCCAUGGAUGACUUCACGACCCGGACGUAUGGCACCAGUGGGCUGGACAACAGGCCGCUGUUCGGGGAGACCUCAGCAAGGGAUCGAAUAAUCAAUUUAGUCAUCGGCGGACUCACCUCUUUGCUCGUCAUAGUAACAAUUAUUAGUUCCUUUGUUUUUCCCGUCCCUCCGAAACCUCUGAAUAUCUUCUUUGCCAUCUGUAUCGUCAUGAUCUGUGCUUCAGUCUUGGUGCUCAUUUUCUGGUACCGCCAAGGAGACCUGGAACCUAAAUUCCGAAAUCUAAUCUAUUACAUUCUGGUGUCCAUCGUCACGUUGUGCAUCUGUGCGAACCUGUACUUCCACAAUGUAGGGAAGUGAAUGCCUUAUUAAACUGCACCAUCAACAUCAAGAGGGUCUUAUCCAUUGGGGGCCACUCUACCAUUAAUCAAGCACAAAGAAUGCCAGCAUGUGUCUGUUGGAUGCAAGAUUCACACAUGGCCUGUUAAUCAGUGAUGGUGUUUGGUGAUGUGGUUCAUGGAGGGUGUGGUCACAGGCCCCCAGGAGGCGUGUAUCACAAUCAGCCCAGCGGAUCUGGUUGUCAUCCCUCCACUCAAGGCAAGGCCAAUAGUUCAACUAUUCAGACUGUAUAUGAUGAUCAGUCAGUUUCAUUCUUGCAUGAAAUGUGAACCGAUGUUGGUGAGCUGGUCCUGGAAAUGCCACCUCGGUCAGUCACCAUGGCUCAGCUGUGAUGAUCCCAGAAGCUGUAUGAAGCUGCCUUUCCAUCUUCAGGGUUUAGUUGACAGCUUUAAUGUAGCACUCAUGAGAUUAUAUAGAGGAUGUAUCAGUUCUUGUUUUUCCUGUACUGUACUUUUUUCAAAAUCAUUGCACUUUGAUGAGCUUAAGCAUUUCCAGCCAGAAGCACCUGGGUGACCAAAAUGUAUCAUUUUUAAUUUAAGAUUUUACAUAAUAAACAAUCUGCCAUUUCUGCUU